UGGCGGAGUACAUGGCUCGGAGGCCGGCGGUGGGGGGUUCCUUCUUGGUACAUGCGGAUGGUUCUUCCCUGUCCCGGUUUCAGUUUACAAAGGUUUUUCGGGCCGGGCUAGGUAAGUUGGGGCUUCCGGCCGGACGUUUUGGUACUCACUCCUUUCGCAUUGGGGCGGCCACGGAGGCCGCACGGUUGGGAUUAGGAGAUGAGGUCGUGAAGCGCAUAGGGAGAUGGGAGUCGGUGCGGUUCCGCUCAUAUGUGCGGUUGGGCUUAUUGGAAUAAUAAAAAAAAUAAAAAAAAGGUACAUGUCUGGGUAGGUAUAUGUUUAUAUAUAUGUAUAUGUAUAGAUAUGGUGCGGGGGCGGACAUGGACGGAGGAGUCCUCUUUUGCCUUUCCCUCAUGCUUGUUUUCUUCUUCUCCCCAGGACGGGUUGCUUGGAUUGUGGGACAUUCUUUUGUCUUCUGGGCGGAGAGGAGGGCCGCAGCUCGAAUGCAGGGCCAGCAGCUGGGCUUUCCGAAGGACCAGUUGACAGUCCGAUGGUUUGGGUACAGGGGAUUUUGCUGGGGGGAGGUUUGUGGGGCAAUGUUUAGGAUGGUGGUGGGCGGGAGGACACCGGACAUGGUGGUCCUUCAUGCUGGGGGUAACGACUUGGGCCUCACGCCACAACGUCGGUUGGUAAAGUGGAUGAAGCAGGACAUCAACAAAUUGAGGGACCUGCUUCCGGGGGUUAUGUUAGUGUGGUCGGAGAUUGUCCCAAGGCGUCGAUGGCGGCACGCGCGGGAUCCGGUGGCGAUUGAUCACUGCAGGAAAAAGGUGAACAGCUUAAUGGCGAGCUUCGUUAGGAAGAUGGGAGGUGUGGUGGUACGGCACAGCGAGUUGGAGGAGGGGUUGCCGGGGUACUACCGCUCGGACGGGGUUCACCUUUCGGAGGUGGGUUGGGAUCUGCUCAACUUGGGUUGGCAGGUUGGUAUGCAGCGGGCGCUGUUUCUUCGGGGUGGCGGAGCUCAGACGGCUUAAGGGGUCAAGGUCUGAGCUUAUGGCGGGACGGGGAGCUGAAGGAGAGGAAAUAGGCUCCCCAGGAUGAACGUAAUGGAAGACAAACAAGUGGUGGUCAUUGGUGGUUGAUAGGUUUCGAGUCCUGUCGGUGGCUCAGAACCUGGUGGGGUAGGGGUAUCCGGGUAUACCCCUGCCGUGGUUAAUGGAUGGUUGGCACUUUACAUCGAUUGGAAUAAUGUUGAUGUAUGUUAUAUAUAUAUGUUUAUUUAUAUGGGGGUCAUUGCCCUUUAUAUGUUAAUGGAAGGAAUAGGAUGCGAGGGCGGAGUAUGGGGGGCAAUGACCCAUGUUUACUUGUUAAGUUAUUAUUAUGAUUAUUAUUGUUAUUAUUAUUGUUUGCUAAAUAAAGCUGUGGACAUAUUUCCCCAUAUCCUCUAGUAUGUGCGUUAUUGGGUUGGGUUAUGGGGUGGUUGUCCUGGAUUCCGACUGCCCAAAAUGGCGACUAUACACCUGUCAUGUAGCCCCAUGUAGCCAAGCGCAGCUAAGCGGAAAAAGGCCUUGACAGGGGUUAGGAGGCGGGCCUAGGAGGAAGUAAGCAAGGGAGUGGAGUUAUGGGUAAGUGGGUUUGGUUAUUUAAAUGGGCAGCCAUUUUAGUUAAUUCAUUUUAACUUCCUACCUGGUUAAGUUUGUCCCACCCACCCUCCCUGUUUUGUUAUGUGUGGUUUUGUCCCGUUUUUUCACAGCGGCGGGACGGGGAGCUGAAGGAGAGGAAAUAGGCUCCCCAGGAUGAACGUAAUGGAAGACAAACAAGUGGUGGUCAUUGGUGGUUGAUAGGUUUCGAGUCCUGUCGGUGGCUCAGAACCUGGUGGGGUAGGGGUAUCCGGGUAUACCCCUGCCGUGGUUAAUGGAUGGUUGGCACUUUACAUCGAUUGGAAUAAUGUUGAUGUAUGUUAUAUAUAUAUGUUUAUUUAUAUGGGGGUCAUUGCCCUUUAUAUGUUAAUGGAAGGAAUAGGAUGCGAGGGCGGAGUAUGGGGGGCAAUGACCCAUGUUUACUUGUUAAGUUAUUAUUAUGAUUAUUAUUGUUAUUAUUAUUGUUUGCUAAAUAAAGCUGUGGACAUAUUUCCCCAUAUCCUCUAGUAUGUGCGUUAUUGGGUUGGGUUAUGGGGUGGUUGUCCUGGAUUCCGACUGCCCAAAAUGGCGACUAUACACCUGUCAAGUUCUGCUACUUUCCCACCAUGUUUAUUUGCUGUCUCCCUCAAUACCCUUCCUAUUGUGUUAUAUGCACCACUUCCUUUAGACUGUAAGCUUGUUUGAGAGCAGGUAACAAAGAAAAAAAAAUGAAAUGACCCAUGUUCAUCUACCUAUUGUUCCUGUAAUGUUUUGUUAUUGUCUAAUUUGUUAAAUUUCCCUUUUAAUGUAAAGCGAUGUGGGAUAAGCUGGUACUAUAUAAAUACCAAUAAUAAUAAUAAUCAAACAAUAUCAUAUUAAAGGGACACUAUAGUCACCAACAACUACAGCUUAUUGAAUUUGUUCUG